AUGUCACCUGCUUACGAAUUCCAAGGCUGGCUAGGUCAUUCACCAGACGCUGCCAAUGGCAGCAUGAAAUGGGGUCCUUUCGAGCCGAAGAGGUGGGAAGAGGACGACGUCGAUAUAGAGAUAAGCCACUGCGGGAUCUGUGGUUCUGAUAUACAUGUGCUGAGGUCUGGAUGGGGUGAAACACCAUAUCCAUGCUGUGUUGGCCACGAGAUUGUCGGCAAAGCCGUGCGAGUCGGCAGCAACGUUGAAAAAAUCAAGGUCGGCGACCGCGUGGGGGUUGGGGCGCAAGCUCUGAGCUGUCUCCGACCCGAGUGUCCCGAGUGUGCUGCCGGACUGACAAACUAUUGCCCAAACGGCCAAGUGAGCACCUAUGGAUCCAUCUAUCCUGGUACGCUGGGAAAGUCGUACGGUGGCUAUGCCAACUUCAACCGGACCUGCUCACAGUUUGUCGUGAAGAUUCCCGCCGGUCUCCCCUCUGAGCACGCUGCUCCUAUGCUUUGCGGGGGAGUCACUGUGUAUGCCCCUCUGCGAGACAACGGGUGCGGACCAGGCAAGGCUGUAGGAGUCGUCGGCGUUGGUGGUCUUGGGCAUUUUGCUGUCCUCUUUGCUAAGGCUCUUGCGGCAGACCGAGUUGUGGGUAUCUCCCGAAGAGUUUCGAAGAAGGAGGACGUGCUCGCACUAGGAGCCGAUGACUAUGUCGCGACUGAGGGCGACAGCCAUUGGAGGACAAAGCAUGCCAGAUCACUGGACAUUAUUCUUUGCACCGUGUCUAGUCCUCAAAUGCCUCUGGCCGACUAUCUAGGCCUAUUAAAAUACGGCGGAAUCUUCCUCCAGGUUGGGGCUCCCGAUGGGGGAGAGCUACCUCCAAUCAAUGUGUUCGAUCUAAUGCAAGCUGGCUUGAAGAUCGGUAGCAGCAGCAUCGGCUCACCUUCAGACAUUGAGGAAAUGCUUCAGCUGGCUGUCGAAAAGAGAAUCAAGCCUUGGGUUAUGACCCGUCCGAUGAGUGAAGCAAACCAGGCCAUCCAGGACAUGGAGGCAGGCAAAGCAAGAUAUAGAUAUGUAUUAGUAAACGAGAAACAGGCGGAGAAGUAG